AUGCCCGCCGCAACCCGCACCCUAGAACACGCAGUCCUGCAAGCCCAUCGUGCAAAGGGUGUACGCUACCCGACCGCCCACCAAAAAGACUGCUUUAAGACUUGGUACUCGUAUGCGCUGCGCCAGGGUGAGGUGCAGAAGACGAGCCGCAAGGCUAUUGAGGAGCAUGGGAGGUUGCUGAAGGAAAUUAGGGAGCAGGCGCCUGGAGGGAGGACGUAUCUUUAA